CCGAACGGUUAACGUCGUCGUAUUAACUGUUUAUCUUCUUUACUCUGUAGAAAGCUUAUGCCUGGAUUCUCUCUUUCUCGGAGCGAGAAGAAUUUUUUAGGGUUUUGGGAACGCAUGGUGAUAGGAUUUGAUGGUGUGGCGAAAGAGUGAUCAGUGGUGAAAGAGAGGGGAGGAGGGUGUGCAAAUCACUAAUAGUAGCAUCAUUAAAUGGAAAGCUUUGAAUCUGAAGAACCAGAAAAGAAGAGACCUCACUUGGAUUCUCCCGCCAUGGUUCGUUAUUCCUCCACUUCUCCCAAUCAUGUCAAAUCCGUUGAUGCAGCAGUUCUGCAAGACCAGAAUCAAAAACUUGUCCAGCAGUUAGAUAUUCAGAAACAUGAGUUGCAUGAUCUCGAAACCAAAAUUACAGAACUAAAAGACAAUCAAAGCUCUUAUGAUGAUAUAUUGAUAACUGUGAAUCAACUUUGGAAUCAGUUGGUUGAUGAUAUGGUCUUGCUUGGAAUACGAGCUGGUGGAGGCCAUAAUGCCUUACAAAUCUUGGACCAUGCUGACAAUUCUAGAGGUUCUAUACCAUCAUGCCCUGUAGAGGAGAUGUUUCUUUGUAGGCUUCUAGAAACAGAUUUUAUUGAUAUUAGUGACAAAGAUGGGAUUGCAAAUUAUGUUGAACAAGUGUUAUCUGCUCGCCAUUCAUCCACGAGGGAUUUGAUAAGAUCUCUGGAGGAUAGCAUCUCUGCUGAGAUGAUGAAAACUGAGAGCAUGACUUUUUCUUUGAAUGGAAAAUUAUCUGUUGAAGACACUCUCGUGCAGCUCACAAAGAUUGAUGAUAUGCUGAAAGAAGAGGCUAAAAAUUUGCAUGAGAUGAUCAACGCUCUACAUAUGAAGCAUAAAGAAUAUGUGGAUGGGAUUCAAACAUAUAUAAGCAGCCAUUCAACUGACCGAUCUGAAAUUAAACGGCUUCAAGGUGAACUGGAAGAAAUCAUGGCCGAACUUGAAGAAAGCAGAAGAAAACUAGUUGAUCUGAAAAUGCAGAAGAAUAUAGCCUCUGGGUUGCAUGCAUCAACUCCAGUUGAAGCAAAUGGCAGCUUGUCACCAGAAAAACCUGCAGACAAGACAAUGGGUUUGCGGGAGAUAAAGGAUUUGAUUGAGGAGACAAAGAUAGUGGCAGAAGAUAGGCUUUCUGAACUUCAAGACGUGCAGGAACAGUACCUAAUAUAUUCAAAACAACUUAAGGAUCUUCAGAAUGAACUGAAGGAUGACAGAUUCAUACAAUCUUCUCGGCUUUACACUUUGUUAAAUGAUCAGCUUCAGCAUUGGAAUGCUGAAAUGGAACAAUACAAAGCCCUCUCAGAUGCUCUGCAGACUGACAGGUUACUUGUCACGAGGAGGGAGAAAGAACUAAAUAUGAAAGUUGAGUCAGCAGAUUCUGUUAGGAAUGCAAUUGAUAAUGCUGGUUCUAGAAUUGAAGAGCUAAAUCAGCAGCUUCAGAAGUGUAUCAUAGAAAGAAAUGAUCUUGAAAUUAAAAUGGAAGAAGCUAUCCAAGAUGCAGGAAGAAAUGAUAUUAAAGCAGAAAUUCGUGUGAUGGCAUCAGCUCUGUCCAAGGAAAUGGGAAUGAUGGAAGCUCAGUUGAACCGCUGGAAGGAGACUGCACAUGAAGCGAUUUCUCUGCUUGAAGAAGUCCAAACACUAAAAGUUUUGCUAAGUGAUAAGAUUGAGAAAUUGCAGAAGGAAAAAUUGGAAUUGCAAAUCUUCUUGGAUAUGUAUGGUCAAGAAGGCUACGAUAAUAGAGAUGUGACGGAAAUAAUAGAAUCAAGAAAUAAAGCUUAUUCACAAGCUGAAAUCUUGAAAAAUGCUUUGGAUGAACAUAGUCUAGAACUAAGAGUGAAAGCUGCUAACGAGGCCGAGGCUGCUUGCCAAGAAAGGCUUUCUGUUGCUGAAGCUGAAAUAGCUGACUUAAGAGCUAAACUGGAUACUUCUGAGAGGGAUGUUUUGGAGCUCAAGGAGGCUAUUAAAAGUAAAGAUGGAGAGUCAGAAACAUAUAUUUCCGAAAUUGAGACCAUUGGCCAGGCAUAUGAAGAUAUGCAGGCACAGAACCAGCACCUGUUGCAGCAGAUGACUGAGAGAGAUGACUACAAUAUCAAGCUCGUCUCUGAGAGCGUAAAGACAAGUCAGACACAUAGUUCCUUGCUCUCUGAAAAGCAGACAUUAGCAAGGCAACUUAAGCAGGUCAAUUCAUCAAUUGAAUCUGUAAAGAUGAGGAUUGUACAGGGUGAGGAGCAGAUGAAAGUUUGUUUGACAGAUGCUGUUAAAUUCACACAAGAGGAUAGACAUUUUAUGAUUAGCCUUGAAACUGCAAAGUGGGAGUUAGCAGAUGCUGACAAGGAGUUCAAAUGGCUUAAAUCUUCUGCAGCAUCUUGUGAGAAGGACUAUGAGCAGCUCCAGCGAAAGGUGGAUGAGUUCCAAUCAAGGUUGGAUAAGGAACAAAGCCAGAGGAAGAAGCUUGAGGAAGAGCUUAAUGAAUUGAAUAGUCAGGUUGCCGAGUUGAGUUCUGAGACUGGAGAGACUGCAUUACAGAAGCUUCAGGAUGAGAUCAAGAAUUGCAAGAAUAUUCUCAAAUGUGGUGUAUGUUUCGAUCGGCCGAAGGAGGUCGUAAUUGUGAAAUGUUAUCACCUAUUUUGCAAUCCAUGCAUACAAAGGAAUUUAGAGCUACGGCACCGUAAGUGCCCCGGCUGUGGAACCGCUUUUGGUCAGAAUGAUGUUCGGUUUGUAAAAAUAUGAAAAGGUCUGUCCCUCCCAUGGCCCUUGUAUUUUGAUUGUGAUUUAGGUUAGAGUUAGCAUCUGGAAACCAUGGAUGCCCCUUUGGGCCCGAACUUGAUAGUUAUAGAUAUAAAUAUGUUACUUUUUUCCUUGUUCAUAUGUAAUAAUUUGAUCGGCAUAGCAUAGUAUGGCACGUAUGUCAAUUGUAAAUGGAAAUCAAACUAUGUA